AGACGGCACGCUAGAGGGGCAGAAAAAGACAGAGAACAAUUCAACCUGCCCCUGUAGGAACGGCAGGAUGUGAGCUUCUUACAGCAAGCUGUCAACGGUGGAUUGCAUUUCUCUAGUGAUACAUCUGUGUGCAGCAAAAAAGCCAGCAGAGACAUCACAGCAACGCUGGCGUGAGAAGAAGACACGGAGGUCUGGAUGUGGAGCUGAGAUGAAAUCUGGAAGUGCACAAGGCCAUUCUGCCUUUUCAUUGCAUGUGCGGUUUGUGCAGAGGACACGAGUAACGGAGAGAGGCAGAGAAGAGGAUGUGUCAACACAGUAAAGGGAAACACAUUGUGAAGCAGAGGAAGUGAUGUCUGAGGCUGAAACCAUGCUCUGCUAGCUUCACAUGUCUGCACGUCAUCACUGGCUUGCAUUCGCAUAGAUGCGCGCACACACACACACACACACACACACACACACGCCAAACCACCGCAGACCUUUGCUGAGGAUGUGCACUAGAUGAAGACAGACAGAGGACGUGGAGACAAAGAAUACGAGGGAAUGGGCGAAGACAACCCGGUUUAAAGAGGAAUACGGUGGAGGAUGCAGCCGUGGUCCCUAAGGGUGCAGAGACUGUCGGUCAGCCGUGAACAGAGAGUCAUAACGAGGCAUACCUGACUCAGAAUAAACCAGACUGGGAAUCCAAUUUCAAUCAGUCCACGUACAGUCAUAGUCAUUCUGCUGGAUGCAUCCUAUAACAUUUAUGAUGAGAGUAAUCCUGCAUGUCAGAACUUAAGAUGUUUACCGAGAGAUUGAAAUCAUCUCUGGAGCCUGCACGGCUGUUAUUUUAUUCCAAGGCAGAGGGUUGCGCUCAGCCCUUCUGAAUAUUUCAGUGAAUGAGGAACCUAUCGAACAGAGAUCCGCUGGCAGUGUUGGAGAAUUUCAGUUUUCAUGGCUAGAACAAGAAACAUUUGUGCCAGUCACUUAAGUUCCCCAAAAACUCCUGACUUAUUCACUCAGAUGCAGUAAACUGGUGCAGAGGCUUACGAAAAGGGGCAAGGGCAACUGAAAAGUCAGAGCUUCCCACAAUUUUAAAUCAUGCAGUCAGACGAUCUCUUCAUCCGCAAGCUUCGCAGGCAGAGCCCACGCCCGCCCCUAGCGAGAGUGAACUUUGACCCCAAGCAGGAUGGUGGUAGCGUGCGGACACGAAUCGUGGCAGAAUGGCCCCCUCGGAGAGAGGGAGAUGGAACAAACAGCGAGAGCGUCACACCCAGCGCAGCUGCGCUAAAUCUGAGGACAGUAGGUCGUGGACACAUAAUGCAGCGCAGCAACAGUGACGUCACCCUCGGAGAUUUGGAUUCAGCGGGUCAAGUCGGGAGGAAGUUGCUCCGAGUAGGGGGGGACAAAUCUGGGACCACUGGGCAGUGCGAGUCCCUCCACCGAGAGUACGGUAGCCUGUCCUCACUUGAAAGACAAACCCAGGCUGUAGAUCCCAGUUCGGAAGGUCAAGGUGUUCUCAGUCCCAAUGCCUUGCGCUUCAAAGAUCCGUUUCUUCUCCUGGGUCUGCAAGAGGCACCUCCUGAGGUAGACGGCGUGUAUCAAGGAAACUGUGCCCCAGCAGCAGACACAUCAAAACCGGUCAAGCCCCCCAAACCAGAGGGGCUCGGGAAGAAGGCCAAACCAUCCCCUCUGCAGGCCCCUCAGUUUUCCUGUGACCAAGUCCCAGGUGGUGCUUGGGUGCGCAAUUUUGCACACUAUGAUGUACAGAGUAUCCUCUUCGACCUGUCAGAGGCUGCGACCAAUCGGGAUAGCAUCGGGCGCAAGAAGAACAUCACGUCCGGUGCGUCAGCUGCCUCUCAGCUCCGUCCGCUUUCGCAAUCCACACCUUCCUCGGUUUCUCAGGGCGGAGGGAGCGGUUUAGGAAGCGGCACUGGUUCGGAAGACCUAGAGCAGUCCUUGCUGGAUGAAGGAGAUGGGAACGAUAAUGAUCUCCUUCUCAGCUGUCCUCACUUUCGGAAUGAGAUGGGUGGCGAGGAGAGCGUGGGGCUCGGCCUGCCGCGGGCCGGCAGGCACAGAUGGAGGAGUCUUCAAAGUCCCAACAAUGCUGUGUCCGUGUUAGAGGAGCCUAGGGAAAGCCACGUCCAGGCACAGGGGAAAAGUAAUUACUUCAUAGAGCAUGCAGACCUAGGAGCUCGGUACUAUCACAAGUACUUUUACAUGAAAGACCAUCAGAAUUUCUUUGGCAUGGAUGAGCGUUUGGGGCCGGUGGCUGUCAGCUUCCGCAGGGAGGAAAAAGAGGGAUCGAGUGGAUCCCAGUACAACUACAGAAUCAUUUUCAGGACCACUGAACUCAAGACCCUUAGGGGUUCGAUCCUGGAGGAGUCCGUUCCCUCUGCAGCACGCCACACCACGCCACGUGGCCUUUCGCCCAAGAGACUGUUGGAGUUUAUUUUGCCCGAUCUCAACCUACAUUGCCUCAGACUGGCCUCUACUUCCCCUAAAGUCAGAGACACGCUCCUCAAACUGGACGAGCAGGGGUUGAAUUUUCAGCGUAAGGUGGGCAUUAUGUACUGCAGAGCAGGACAGAGUACUGAAGAGGACAUGUAUAACAAUGAGAGCGCCGGGCCAGUAUUUGAUGAGUUUCUGGACCUUCUUGGAGAGCGAGUGCGACUCAAGGGCUGGGAGAAGUACAGAGCUCAACUAGACACCAAAACCGACUCCACCGGUACACACUCACUGUAUACUCGUUACCAGGAUUACGAGAUUAUGUUCCAUGUCUCCACCAUGCUUCCAUACACACCCAACAAUACACAACAGCUGCUGAGGAAGAGGCACAUAGGGAACGAUAUUGUCACAAUAGUCUUCCAGGAGCCAGGUGCUUUACCUUUUACCCCCAAAGCCAUCCGUUCUCACUUUCAGCAUGUGUUCAUCAUUGUCCGAGUCCACGAGCCCUGCACCGAAAACACGUAUUACAGAGUUGCAGUAACUCGCUCCAAGGACAUCCCUCUCUUUGGUCCUCUCUUCCCUAAAGGCGCACGCUUCCCACGUUCCUCUGCCUUCCGCGACUUUCUCCUCGCCAAAGCCAUUAACGCAGAGAACGCGGCCGAGAAAUCGGAGAAAUUCCGCUCGAUGGCCACACGCACGCGGCAAGAGUACCUGAAAGACCUGGCGGAAAACUACGUCACCACAACGCCCAUUGAUUCUUCCACCAAAUUCCCCCUGCUGUCCCUGGGUGGGAAGCGCAAGGAGAAGCUGAAGGGAGCCAAAGGCGCAGAGCUUCACAGCGCCGGCGCUUUAGUGUGGGCCGUCGCCGUCGUUCAGAGCGGCGAGAGCAACUGUCUGAGCCUGUCCUGUCUGCUCGGCGUGUCGGCGGAGUCGGUCGUGCUCAUAGAGCGAUCCACGCGAACCGUCGUGUUCAACUGCGGCUGCCGCGACGUGAUCGGCUGGAAGGCCGUGACCGAGCCUGGAGCUCAGGGUGGCCCUUCGCUGGACAUCUUCUACGAGAGAGGCGAGGCGGUUACUGUGACGACGUCGGAGAGCCAAGUGGAGGACAUCAAGGAGGUUGUCCAGAGGCUGGAGCUGGUGACGCGAGGCUGUGAGGCGCGUGAGGUCACCCCCCUGCGGGACGGUGUCGGUCAGCCGGGCUUCCUGAUGAGCGAGGAAGGCUUUGUCACGGAGCUCCAGCGCUUCGGAUACGCGGAGAGCGGCGGGCUGCAGCUGGGGGCUCGCGUGGUCCGUCUCUGUGGGGAGGUCCUGGUGCACCUCAGCCUGGAGGAGCGGAGCCGACUCCUCCGCACGGCCCAAAAGAUACACAUCACAGUCAUUCCUCCAGACGAGAACGGAAAACCACGCAGGAGCUUCUCUGAGCUUUACCAGAAGGCCAUCCAGGACGCCGAGAGCAAAUCCGGAGAGGGACGGUCAGGCGAGGCCUGGGUUCUGGACGACGACGACGACGACGACGAAGAAGUUGAGGUCGAUGCCGGCGGAGGGGAGAAAGAGGAGAAGAAAGAGUCUGAAAAUAAGACGACGGACCUGGAAACUCCAAAGCAGGAGACGCACGAGGAGCAGAUGGGGUUUCCGGAGCCCAUGGAAACAGAUUCGCUCCUCUCUCCACCCAGCCUGCCUCUCUUACGGGCGACUUCCCUGCAGGACAGCAUGAAGAGCCAGAGCCCCGAAGUCACCCCCGUCUCUCUCACACGGAGCUACUCGCUAGAAGGACACCCUCCGUACCAGGACAUCAUUGAAGGGCAUGUAUAUGAUAAUGUGGGGCUGAAAGCAAAGAGGCACAUCUAUGAAAACCCUGGAGAGCUUCGGGACGAGACCCCUGACCUCAUCCUGGCGGUCAAACCCAAAGUGCCUCUGGAGCAAGAGGAACAGUUCGUGUGUGAUCAGGGGUCUGAAGAGCGGCCGUCGGUCAGCGAUGUGACCUUGAGGUCCUCCUGCAUGGAAAGUGCAGAAAGAAACUCCAGAGCUCUCAGCCUCCAUAACUCCAUCACUAAGAUUCUCUCAGAGACGACAGAUUCGUCUGAGGAGGAGUGGCAGUCGAUUUCUGAUCUGGCCAAUGCCUGUCGGAACAUUCUGGAAGCUUUGUCUCGGGAAGACCGGAAGUCAGGAGAUGGAUCACAGGCGUCCCCAGAAAGUCAGCUUGGUCAGGCUGACACCAGGUUUAAAGACAUCAAGGACAGUGACUCGCCUGGUCACCUCGAGGAGAAAGUGUCCCAGUUAGAGGCCAUGCUGAAGCGACUGCAGGACGACCUCCAAAAGGAGAAAGAGGACAAGGCAAUGCUGCAAGCGGAGGUGCAAAGUCUCAGGCAGAACAACCAGCGGUUGCAGGAGGAGUCUCAGAGCACCGUGGCACGGCUCAUUAAAGUCACCGAACUGCUCUGCAACGUCAACAAACCCUGCUAGCAUCGAAGGCCGAACCAUGGUGGCGAGAAAGACCAGAAGACACAUGAAAAGGCCAAUGAAAAUGUUAGCUAAUCCCUCAAAACGUCUCUUAAGCGACAAGACCAUCGAUAAGCCUUACUAGAAAAGUGCACGAAAACAAACUGGCCGGCUUACGUACGUUCUUACUCAAAUUAUACUUACUCGGUGGCACCCUACAAGGUUUUCAGGGCUAGAUUUAAGUCGUCCCAUCACUGUGACAGCUUGUUAACAACGAUAGCCUUCGGUGCGAGAUCUGAUCUCAGUCGAAACAUCCGGCUGUCAUUAUUUGCGAGCCUCAGAUUCGACUUCGGAAAACAUUGAAAUGUUCAAAAUCAUAUUAUCUUUACGUAUUUUUCAUCCGAUUCCUACAUGGUGAACCGGAGGGUCCUAAACAAACGAUCCAGACGCCGAGCAAUACAUUCAGUGCGGCUUCAGACGAUGACCUUCAGUGUAAAUACUAGAGGAAAAUUAUUAACAUGUCAGUGUGAUUGUAACUCUCUAUUAACCAUCACAGUAUCAGAAAUAGAGCCCGUUCGAACCUUUUCUCUGUUGGCAGCGGGUAAAAGGCUUCUCGCUUGACUUUAAAGUGAACAUGCUAGCAAAACCUCACGAGUGCUUUUUUUGGUUGGCGACUACCCUUGUGAAAAAGAAGCUUGCUUAAUUGAGUCGAAUGUGCUCUUGCACUACAAACAUUAAAAGCCUAUUUGGUACUUACGGAGAAGAUAAAAGGCCAUUUCUUUGUAAGCGUACUUUCAUGACUGCAUUCUUAAGUAAAAAGUUCCAGUGUCAACUUAAAAGUUUUAAUAACGCUUUUAAAGGACUUAUUUUGAUGUGCUGACUAAAAUGCUAAGCACUUUAUCUGUUGUGUUACUCAGUUUUGCAUUUAAAUGUACUGAAUUACAAAUCUGUUUAAAUACAAGUAGAAAUGAUAUUUAAGCUCAUCCUAAAUGUUUAUUCGAUGGUGCAUUUGAAUCGUAUUCUGAAGACAAUUACGAAAUAACGUGAAAAGUGCAACUUAAGAGGGUCAAAAAGGCCUUUUUGCAUUUAACAUACUGUAAAUGAAUUGCAGUUUCGUUCAUUUAAAAUUGCAAAUAUAAAUGUAUUCAUUUAAGUGCUUCUCUUUUCCACAAGGGUGCAACAUGCCAGACAUGUCGAAAUAUUUUUGUUGUAUGGCAAUUGACUUAUUUUAGCACUGAAAAGUGAAUUCCACUUGAAUUCGGGCGUCGGAUUUCAGCACUGGAAUAAUUCUUUGUACAUUUGAUGGCAAAAUGCUCAUUUCAUGCCUUUUCACAGCUGUAGAGCCGCCCACUUGGAUGUUAGCAACGGGACAAAUUGUGAUCUUUUUCGGUAUGAAGCCUUACGCCUGAUCCCACCGAAUCUGAACGAGCCUCGCAGACGCCUGCUCGGAGACGAAGUAGGACUCUUGAUUUGAGAAGAAAACCAUUCCUAGUUGUUGAGCAUGACUUAAAAUAGAGCGUUUCUAUUUAUAAAGAGUGCAGCCAGACCAGUUCUACUUUGUUCUCACACAAAUUGCCUAGAGUGCUUUAUGCUGAACUGUGAGACAGCACAUAUUUAUAAAACUGCUAUUUUGUCUUUUAUUUUCCACGUUGCACCCAAAUAUCGCUCUUUACCUCACCCAAGGGUGCACUGAUAAUGUGACGAGGAGAAGAGCGAGACGACUGGGCUGUGUCCUCUGCGUAGCCUCGAACGAAAACCAAACGAAAAGUUACGUAACCGUCCUUCAGCAUUACCGUAUACAUCACACACGUCUUCUCCCCUACGGAUGUCCUUUUUUUUUAACGACUGCUUUUAUUUUAGAGUCACUGUGAUAACCUGGUACCAGCAGAUUCUGAUGUAUUGCGAUAAAAAAUUAUAAAUCUAUAUCUUUAUUCCUCUCUGUGAAGAAGUGUAGAGCCAAAAUAAGUGUUACUUCCCUCCGAUGUGUGUAAAUCUGUAUCCAGACGGACCUGGAGCUUAGUUGUUGCCGUUAGUGGAGAAUUUGUUGAGUUUGACGAAUGCGGAGAGACAGGAAGUACACGGAUGCGAUCGGUGAUGCGUUUUGUGGGAUUUACAUAGCAAAGGAGCGGCGUAAAAGAACUAUUUCCUGUUCAUCUGUGUGCAACAUAGUCUUUUAGAUUGUAGGAGGCUGUGAAAGCGCGCGAAUGCGACAAGCAAUUUCUAAGCCACCUUCUGUAUCUGUGUAUGUAUUUAUAAAAAUGUAAUAACUUAUUAAUCUUGAAAACGUGGAUGUUAUUGCUAGAUAUGUAUAUUUGAACCGGAAGGGAUGCAAAUUUGUGAGCCAAUGAAUGUUUUCUUUUUUUUUUUUCAAAUGUAAGAAUAUUAAGGCAUGACAUGAUAGCAGGUCAUAUUUUGUUUCCCUGGAAUAAUAUCAACCGUUAAGACAUUUUCUUAAGUAGUGGAAAACUACUGAAAUUACACUGGAAAGGAACUCAAUCGUGGCUGCUUGGAAAUUAUGUGUGACACUCCAUCUUUUCAUGUUCUUAACAGUUUUAUCAUUAUUAUAUAUAUAAAUGUUUUUUUGGGUUUGUUUUUUUUUGCGUUAAAGCUGUGUUGUGAAUUUACCUUUUUUUUCGAUACUGAAAUGUUAACAUUUUGUGGUUUCCAGUAAAAAAAACCUUCGAUACGUAUGCAUCGGAUCCAGACGCUUCAUCCGCAGAACCUUUCUGAUGAGAGAAAAAAACGUAAUAAUUUACUUUCAAACACGUUUGUGAUUAAAUGUAUUUCAGAGGGACGGCUUUGGAAAUGUCUUUUUUUAUGGUAUAGUGUUUUACGAAGCCAUAAAUGCUUUUUUCAUCAUAUGGUAACGCUUUACUGUUUGAUUCAUGUGUUACAGUUGUUUACAAAAUGUCGGUCCUUAUGUUUUAACUGUGAUGCUUAUAUUAUGCACUGAAACAUCUGUAAGGUCUUUUAAAGUACGGCCUGCUUUUACACGGUCACUCCAGGAAAUCAAGCCAUGCGAAUCACGCAGAUAAAAAGCCAGUGGAUUGUUGCGGUGCCAAAUUUCGCGUCGUUCCACUACAGCUGUGGCAUUUGCAGGCUGUGCAUUUAAAAGCCUCUUACUAACAAUCCAGACCACUCUUAGGAAUGUGCAUUUUCCACUUUGUUAGCGAUGUGUUGCUCUUUUUUAUGUCAUGUUGCUAGCCAUGUCAUGCCCGAGGACCGAUCUGCAGAUUAAACGUAGUCCCUGUUAGUAGUUACGUCGAAGACUGUUCUAAAUUGCCAAAUCUGCCAAUAAAUAGCGUUAUAUCUACCGAUCCCAUAAACGAUCAGCUCCCAAAACAGAGUCGAUAGCAGGCACUUUUAUAAAUAAGUAUUGUCACACGAAAGUAAAAACGUUGAGGUGUAUGGCAAACCACAAACCCACGCACUAUGCACACUGGUCUGUGAAAGAAUUAUGACUGGACCGACAGGAACGUGGCGUCCAGUCAGAACAUGCAAAGAAAUGGUAUGGUGAUCACUGGAGCUGGACUUGUUUCUUUUAACUAAUAGGGAUUGAUCAAGUAUUGUAUAUGUGAACCUGAGGGAUCCUGGCAAUAAAAACUGAACUUGUUUCCGUA